CCAGCUCAACAACCAAAACAGCUCCAUAUCUAUACGGUAUACGCAUACACUUGUUCUAAAUACGACACGUGUCUGGUGAUGUGGAUGUUGUCUUGGCGCUCCCUUCCGUUCUCCUUCUUCAACCCCUCCUCUCUCCCUCUCUCCCCUGGGUUCCAUAAACCGAACUCACUUUUUUGUCUCUCUUUGCAGAGAGAGAAAAAUGCAGAAGCUGUGAAGUUACUUUAUGGUUUUUACCAAGUAAUUUGAGCUUUGGUGAAUAGUUAAAGAUUAUUCAAGCAUUGAAGUUUCUAAUAGCUUCUUAAUUUCUUAUUUUUUUUCCGGAAGGCGAAAAGAAGCAGAUUUGGGAUUUGAUAGUUAAAGGUGACUAAGUUUUCUAAACAAAGAGAAGCAAAAAUUGUUCUGCUUCUCCAAAUUAAUUAAGGAUUUCCUCCAGUGCUUGACCAUGGGAAACAAUGAAGAGGGAAAGUCCUCUAAGCCUGAUAAAUCAACUUCACCUGCACCAGUGGAUCAGACCAAUAUUCAUGUCUAUCCUGAUUGGGCGGCCAUGCAGGCAUAUUAUGGCCCUCGUGUCGCUCUGCCACCAUAUUAUAACUCAGCCAUGGCAUCUGGUCAUGCACCUCAUCCAUAUAUGUGGGGCCCACCACAGCCUAUGAUGCCACCUUAUGGAGCACCUUACGCAGCAGUGUAUUCACAUGGAGGAGUUUAUGCACAUCCAGCAGUUCCAAUUGGAUCACAUCCUCAUGUUCCUGGUGUCCCAUCGCCUCCUGCUGCUGCAACACCUGUGAGUGUAGAAACACCUACAAAGUCUAUUGGAAAUACGGAUCAAGGUUUAAUGAAGAAGUUGAAAAGAUUUGAUGGGCUUGCAAUGUCAAUAGGCAAUGUGAGUAGUAAUGCGGAGAGUGCUGAGGGUGGGGACCACGAGCUGUCUCAGAGUGUGGAGACUGAAGGUUCUAGUGAUGGAAGCGAUGGAAAUACGGCUGGGGGAAGGAAAAGGAGUCGGGAGGGGAAACCAACUAUUGGUGGAGAGAUGAAAACGGAGAUGCAGGCCAGUAUUGUUCCUACUGGGGAGGUCAAUGGAUCUUCUGAUAAGGUAUUGGGUGCUGCUGUCGCUUCUGCUGGUGUUUCAGGAAAAUCUCCAGGAUCUGUAGUUUCUCCUGGCACGAGCACAGCAUUGGAACUCAGGAACCCUCCUCUGAAUGCUGCUAAGACAAGUGCAACUAGCAUUCCACAACCUUGUCAAGUUCUGCCUUCUGAAGCCUGGUUACAGAAUGAGCGGGAGCUGAAACGGGAGAGGAGGAAACAAUCAAAUCGAGAAUCUGCUAGAAGGUCAAGAUUGAGGAAACAGGCUGAGACUGAAGAACUUGCUCAUAAAGUCGAAUCCUUGACCUCUGAGAAUUUGGCACUUAAAUCAGAAAUGAAACAAUUGACCGAGAAAUCCGAUAAGCUAAGGCUGGAAAAUACAGCAUUACUGGAGAAGCUCAAAAAUUCACAGUUAGGACGUACACAAGAGAUUAUUUUAAACAGCAGUGAGGAGCAACGUGCCUCAGCAGUUGGUACAGAGAACCUGCUGUCAAGAGUUAAUAAUUCUGCCUCUGUUGAUAGAAGCACGAGGGAAGAGGGGGAGCUUUAUGAGAGAAACUCAAACUCAGGCGCCAAGCUGCAUCAACUCUUGGGUGCAAGUCCAAGAGCAAGAGCCGAUGCCGUGGCUGCAAGUUAAUUUUAGAAAAUAGUUUGUCUAGAGGCAACCAUGUAGUUUUGGCAUAUUACAAGCCCAAAACUACUACUAACAGCUAGCAGAGGGAUGGAAUUUAGGGUUGUAAUCCUUCUCUUGGACGUUUGAUCCACUUGUAAGUUACUUUUGUCAUGGCAGGAGUGAUGUAAUUUUAUCAGAACUCUGCGUGCUGUAAUGGUCACUGAAAGGUAAUGUAAAUUGAAGAGAAUUAGAGAUUUGGUUCAGGGAUGUUGAAAAUUUCAACAUGCAUUUGUCUCUGAUGUAGACGUGUUUAUGAUACAUGUAUGGGAAGAGUACUUGAGAA